AUGCCGCCCCCUAAAUCGGCCGUCAGUGACGAGGCUCCGGAUUUGGAGAUCGUGGGCAAGCAGGUGACGAUCCAUCCGUCGGGCUUCACUGGUGGCCCUGGAGCUCAAGAUGACACCAUUACCGAGCGCAACCUUGUUCAGCAUAUGGCCCGAUUCCGCGAAAACCCCCUCGACUUUCUCCGCGAGAUCAGCCUGUACAUGUCCGGCAUGGGCUGGCGCGCAUACGACGAUGUGAUCGGACAACCAGUGUUCUACUCGGGAUUCUCCGAAAAUAUGAAGACGUCCAUUUCAGGUAGCCCGAUGCUACAGGACAAAGUCAGGGAGCUCGCGCGUACACGUCUGUCGGUCGAGGAGAAGGAGGGGCUAUUGGCACUUAAAGAAGGGGCCAACUUAGAUGAGAAACGAGCACGCCGCCGACACGAAAUCGAGAGCAGCCUCCGAGAAGUGGUGGAUAACAUGAUGGACAACAUGAUUUGCAAGAUGGAGAGCAAACCUUUUAUCCGGGGUGCAUAUUAUAUGUGUACACAGCUCUUGACUCGUGCUUACCACCAGGGUAUCCAUGUGUCCAGUGAGGAGGUCUUGCGUCUUCGAGCAGUGGCCCAAGAAGCCGCCAAGAAGAAGCAGUCCAUUGUUUUUCUUCCAUGCCACAAGUCACAUGUGGAUUAUGUAUCGUUGCAGCUCAUUUGCUACCGUCUGGGAAUUGGGUUGCCUGUUGUUGUCGCGGGCGACAACUUGAACAUCCCCCUACUUGGUCCAUUCCUGCAGCAUGCAGGUGCUAUGUGGAUUCGACGCAGUUUCGGAAACGAUCCGCUAUAUCAUACUGUCGUACAAGCAUAUAUCGACACCAUUCUCCAGCAAGGUUUCAAUUUCGAAUGCUUCAUUGAGGGUGGUCGCUCCAGAACUGGAAAAUUGCUCUCACCCAAAUUCGGAAUUUUGAACUUUAUUGUCGACAGUGUCUUGUCCGGGAGAACAGAGGAUACAAUUAUUUGCCCCGUCAGUACACAGUACGACAAAGUCAUCGAGACAGAGUCUUAUAUCAGUGAACUUUUGGGACAACCCAAACAGAAAGAGAACUUAGCUGAUCUUCUUUCCUCGUCAUCGGUCUUGUCUCUGAAAUUGGGACGAGUCGAUGUCCGAUUUCAUGAACCAUGGAGUCUCCGUGAAUUCCUUAACCAGCAACUCUCGCGGCUCAACCAAUCCGGUCUCGGUACUAACCAGAAGCUUGCUCAAACCGAAAAAGGCCGUAUCCUCAGAACACUCGGAUAUCGAGUUCUGUCCGAGAUCAACGACGUCUCUGUCAUGAUGCCGCCAGCUCUCGUCGGGACCGUUCUUCUCACUCUGCGUGGUCGUGGUGUCGGCAAGGGUGAACUAGUCCGCCGUCUUGACUGGCUAUGUGAGCGGGUCCGAGCCAAGGGCGGUCGAGUUGCCCACUUCUACCGUUCGCCCACUGAUCUGGUAGUCGAUCGAGCCCUCGAUGUCCUAGGCCCAAAGCUGGUUGGUGUAAUUUCCGGCCUAGCCGAACCGACCUAUUAUGCAGUCGAUCGCUUCCAACUGUCAUUCUACCGCAACAUGCUCAUCCAUUUGUUCAUCACGGAGGCAUUAGUCUCAGUCGCAAUGUACACAAAGAUCAAGCAAGGCGGUGGCCCUGCCAAUCAGCGCAUCACGUACGAGGCGUUGAGGAAUCAGGUCUAUUUCCUGUCUCAGCUUUUCCGUGGCGAAUUCAUCUUCCCCCCGGAGGGUCUGUCGGCCAACAUGGAAAAUACCCUACGCGGCUUAGAGGCCGAUGACGUGAUCAAGAUCACUCGCGACGGCUCCGGCACACCACAAUAUGUCGAACUCAGUGAGGCCGAGCGUCACUGUGGCCGUGAGAACUACGACUUUUACUGCUUCCUGAUCUGGCCCUUCAUCGAGGCCUCUUGGCUUGGUGCAGUCUCUCUCCUUGGUCUUACGCCACCUCUCGAUGGCGGACACAAUACCUGGAUUGACAUGAAAAAGGCCCAGGACAGCGCGCAGCUUCUUGGAAAAACGCUCUAUCAUCAAGGAGACCUUUCCUACUUCGAGGCUGUGAACAAGGAGACUCUUCGAAAUUCAUAUCAGCGCUUUGAAGAAGAGGGAAUCAUCCUCGUGGCCAAGGACAAGGAAUCUCGUGCCGGUCCAUCGCUCAAACUAGCGCCUGAAUGGACACCAGAAAGAGACCCUACCAGCGGGAGAGUCUUGGACCGAGGAAAACUCUGGGACUUUACUGAACUCAUUGCCCAGUCCCGUCGUGAGGGCAAAAACCGUCGCGAUGGCGCCACUGUCUCCUCGCGUGUCUUGACCAUGUCGGACAUUGUCGGUCGCCAGCUAUUCUACAAUGCUGCAGCUCCGCCUCCAGCUGGUGUCUCAUCCCGGCAGAUGCGCCGAAAGGCCAUUGGAACAGAUGCGAAGCUCUAA